CAUCGAGACUUGACCUUGGCUGAGCUCACUCCACGUUCUGAAAGGCGCUUUAGGUCUCGCACAAGUCUCACUCCUCGUCUAAUAAAUAUAGAAGCGUCUUCGAAAAGGGGGAGACAACUUCCCAAAACACCGGUACCAUCCAACUUCUUCCAGAGUAGGCAGCAAGACCUGCAUGUUAUAGACGAGGUUGAAUACCUUGAGCCUUUAGACAUGUCUCCUUGUUCCAAGCAGACCAACGUCAAUCAGACGUAUGGAAAAUCUCCAAAAACCAUUCAGUUUCCAGCUCCCGUUUCUUCUUCGGCUUUACCGGUAGCACAACCUGUGCUCCAAGAGAAGCCAGAUUCCGAAUCCCUGUCAAGAAAUAGUAGUGCUACCUACGUUGCGCCGACAGAAAAUAUUGAACAGGUAGAGGGUGAUGAAGAUGACGACGAGCAACUCCACAGAAGUAUUCCAGGCGCUUUUGAUUUCGUGCCUGCUCAGAACGCCACAUACGAGCCGCUGCUUUCCAACUCGAUUCUGGGAGAGCUCUUCAAAGGUUCAAAGCCCAAGCAUGUGCAAACCCCUCCCAAGGCGAAAACAAGUCAUAAGCAACGGCCUAAAACACCAAUUAUAGCUCCAAAUCUCGUCCAAAUUCUGGUAACCCCCAAUACUCCUGAAUUACAUUUGCAAUCAACUACCGAAACCACUUCGGGCGUCCCACCCGUGGCGGCACCAGCCAAUCAAACCGAUCUUAAUACAGCAAAUGCAACCCCAUCGGUCGAUUCACUACCGAAAAACCCUAAUAUCUGCUCUGUGAAGUCACCUGCUCCCAGGCCACAGAAAAAAUCUCUGCCUUCAUCGAAACCCUCUGCCACUAUGCCACCUCCAAACCUUUCCAAGGGCAUUACAAAGCCUCAAAGGAGUUCAGUAAAACCCUCUUCUCCUGUAAAGGAAAUGUCCAAGAUCAAGACGGCGGUACCAACUGCAAGUAAACCGUUUAACCAUCGGAUUCCCGUUCCGAAGGAGGCUGCAAAGUUAAUACCUGCUACAUCAGCUGCAGCUCCUGUAAGGAAGUCAAAGUCAAUAUCAAAGACGAAAGGCCCUCAAGCUGAGAGCAACGCGCCAGCUCGCCAGAGUGGUAUCUUUUCAUUCGUGCCUCAGUCCUUGAGGGAUGUGUUAUCGCGAUCCCCGAACGGUGAUUCCAUGGCGCCCUCCCAGGUAUCAGCAACCAAGUCAAUUGAGCCUUCAAUACGCACAGAGGUGUACGUCGCCGAGACCUUGACAACACCAGUCGACCCUCCCAUAAUCCCUACGCAAGUAUCGCCCGUCACAGUGUCUACCGGAAGGCCAGGACCUAAGCUCGUCACAGUGCCAGUGAUUUCGAAUAGUCCCAAACAAAUGUCAAAGCCUUCUGCCAAGAAAAGAGCAUUGGAACUGACACCGACCAAACCAAAGGGAAACGACCAGCGCCUUAAAAGACAAAAGCUCGUAGAUGAAGUCACAAAGGAAAUGGAUAUAUUACCGGUCGUCCUUCAAAGCAGGAACAUGGUCCCUCUGAGACGGGCGAGUCCGGAAGCGGAGAUACCCAAGCCACGGAGUCGAAUGCAUCCCGAGGCCACUAUACCAAAGCCACCUAUCUUCACUUCUAAAGUAAAUCGAACCUCUAGCGCAACAUUCAAUAGUCGACUUUCCAAGAACCAGACCGUAGACGAAGUAGAACCCACGGCUAGCGGCUGCAAUCUGGUAGACCACUCGAACCCGAGGGUUCACAAUACAGGUGCUCGAGCAGAUACGGAUAUUUUUGGGUCUGUGAUUCAGGAUCCACUUUCCGUCCUACAAAACGAGCCUCCAAAGAGGAGGACCACGGACGCCGUCGAGCUGCCCGGAGUUGUUCAGCCAUUGGAA